AUGGCAAUCAACGAGUUCCAGGUGGAGUCCCACAUCUCUUCAAAGCAGUUAAACAACCAAUCGGUAUCGCUGAUUGUUCCUCGUUUGACAAGAGAUAAAAUCCAUAAUUCAAUGUACUAUAAAGUUAAUUUAAGCAACGAAUCUUUGAGAGGCAAUACAAUGGUAGAGCUCCUGAAAGUUAUUGUAGGCACACUUGGCACAUCGAGAGGACAAGAUGGCCAUUUACAUAUGGUAGUUCUCGGCGGUGUAGAGUUCAAGUGCAUCUUGAUGAAACUGAUUGAAAUCAGACCUAAUUUCGAGCAGCUAAACUUCUUAUUGAAUGUGAAAAAUGCAAACAACUUCAACUCGAAAUACAUUAUUGCUUUGAUUCUGGUUUAUGCGCGAUUACAAUAUUAUUAUUUAAAUGACAAAAACAACAACGAUAAUGAUGAAGAUAAUCUGAUAAAGUUAUUUAAAGUACAAUUAUACAAAUAUUCACAGCAAUAUUUCAAACUAAAAAGUUUUCCACUACAAAAAGAUUGCUUUGCUCACUCCUAUAAUCAAGAACUUUGUAUAAUACACGUGGACGAAUUAGUAGAUUGGUUGGUCACUCAGGAUCACAUCUGGGGUAUGCCAUUAGGUAAAUGUCAAUGGAAUAAAAUAUACGACUCUGACGAAGAAAGUAGUUCAAGUGAAAGUGAAAGUGAAGAUGAAAGUGACACUGGUAGCGAAUCAUAG